AUGGCUUUGAUGUUGGUAAAGUUUGAUAUGAAGAAGCGAGUAAAGCUCGCUCAGACAAUAUGGUUCCUGUACUGGUUCGCCGUAAUGGCCGGCGUGCUGGUCUUCAGCAUGGGACUGUUCUUUAAGAUCGAACUGCGAAAGCGCUCAGAACUUAUGGACAACAACGAGAGCCACUUGCUGCCCAACGUUCUUAUAUUAAUGGGUCUAAUAACCUGUGGCGUCAACGCUUUUGGAGGCAAAGUCUGCUACGACUCCCUGGACCCUUCCAAGUUUAUAAAAUGGAAGCCCAUGUUGAAGCCCUUCUUGAUGUUCUGCGUGGGGUUAAACGGCCUGUUGUUUGUCACAGCUCUGCUGUGUUUUGUGAUGAGGAUCCCGCUGCAGUACACCCUGGCUGAGGGGCUGAAGAACGGCAUGAGGUUCUACAAGGACACGGACACACCAGGACGAUGCUACAUGAAGAGGACCCUGGACCUGAUGCAGAUGGAAUUCAGAUGCUGCGGAAACGACCACUACAGAGAUUGGUUUGAGAUUCAGUGGGUAAGCAACCGCUACCUGGAUUUCAGCGCAAAGGAAGUCAAAGACCGCAUUGGGAGCAACGUGGACGGCCAGUAUCUGAUGGAUGGAGUCCCGUUCAGCUGCUGUAACCCCAGCUCCCCGAGACCCUGCAUUCAGGGCCAGAUGACCAACAACACUGCCCACUACAGCUACGACCACUACACGGAGGAACUCAACGUAUGGAAGCGCGGCUGCCGUGAAGCCAUGGUGUCCUACUACGGAGGCUUGAUGAACACCAUCGGAGCCCUGGUCUUGUUGGUCACCAUGCUUGAGAUUGCUGUGACCAUCGGCCUGCAGUACAUCAACAGCUCUCUGUCCAGCCUGGUGAACCCUGAGGACCCAGAGAGCGAGAGCGAGGGCUGGAUCCUGGAGAAGACAGUGGGGGAGACGUUCACCGACAUCAUGGCCAACAUGAAGGCAAUGAGCAAAGGUGGCAAGGUGGAGGAGGCCGAGGCAGGGGUGGCCACGGUGAGCUGAGCUAACCCCUCCUGCAAAAACUGACACAACUCCCACCUAAAGAGGAGAGGAAGGGGACGAAUGAGAUCUAAGCGUUUUUUUACCAACAUUCAUUAUGUCGACACUACCACACACAAACAUACUCAGCUAUGAACUCCUUUCAAAGUGGACCCCUUUCAAAUGGAAUCCUUGCGUAAAUAAUUCUAUAUUCAUACAUAGAGAGAGAUAAUGUGUAGGGUGAGUAAUGUUGUAAUUUUACAUUUUGGUUUUUCCUCAACCAAUCAAAUCCAUCUGAGGCUCCAGCCCUGCUUUCAGCAUUCUUUUAAAGAAAUGUUGGCUCUGUGGGGUUUGGAUCUUUACAAAAAAAUAAGUAAAUGUGAUAUGUAUUGAUAAAUAUCAGAUGCUUUGCAAUCACGAGUAAAAUAUUGUAAUGUUGUUGGAUAGUUUGGCGGGGAUGGUGGUUGCUAUGCAACCCCCCCUCUCAUAGAAGGAUGGAAAGUAUUUAACAGCCCAAAAGAUAUUUUAUUUUUGAUUGACUUCUAGACGUUGGCUUGUAGCUCAUAAUGGUAACAAAUAAUAUCCACUCAGCUCUUUUUAUACUCCAGUCCGUCUUUGUCCCAAACGAAGACUGGAUAAGCUCCUGAGAUGGAGUAAAAUUAUCAAUUGAAUGAAUCGGUAUGAAUAAUGCAUGAAUGUUGCGGCGCAUGGUCGAUUAGUGAGUCAUGGGAACUGGGAUGUGAGCCCUGUAGAGAGGCAGGGCCAACUCCAAACCUGUGGAGGGCGACUGAAAUUGGCAGCUAAAUCUUGGCUCCUGACCCCUGCUCUGUAAUCUCAGACCCUCUUUGGUGUGUCCCUUGUGCAUUCAGUAUCUGUAUAUUAAGACACAUGUAUGUAAAUUCCAACAACCUGGGUUGCUGUGUUUGUACAUAGUGUAGAAAUGAUGAAAUAUAUUUAACUUUUUUAAAUAAUGUAAUUAAGCUAAAUCUUUUAUUGAAAUCCCUGUAAAGUUUUUUCCAUUUUUUUCUUGGCUUUGUG